CCAUCUUCCACUCUACACCUCAACACUCUUCUUCACCCUCCAAUACCAGCUCUAUUAUUAUCCUUACGUACUAUAGAAAUGCUCUCCCUCCGCACUCUUGUCCGCUCGGUGCCUCGCACUGUCUCCCGCUCCAUCGCCAGCUCCGCACCGUCCGCUGCUCUGCGUCCCGGGUCGACAGUCCCCAAGUCUCUGUUCCAGUCGCAAUUGAAGCAGGUUGCAAGACCCUCCUACGCUGCUUUCUCGACCUGCCGCGCUUUUAGACAGGCUGCUGAAGGUGAUGUGGAACUGGCUGCUAAGCUUGAGGAUGAGCUGAGCCACGAGAAGGCUUCUGGUCUGAACGAUCUGGAGACCUCCGUCCAGAACAUCCAGUAUGUUCUGCAGAACAACUCGUUCGAGGUCAAGGAUGUUCCCGGUGAGCAGGAGAUUGUGUUGACCAAGAAGUUCAACAACGAGGAGAUCCGCCUCACCUUCACCGUCGCCGACCUCCAGAACCUGACCGAACAAGAAGAGUUCGACGACGCUCUUGGCGACGAGCUGGACUACGAGGGCGGCCACCAAGCCGCCAACCAGGGUCGCCCUGGUAACGUCGCCCAGCACGCCGAGGACCGCGUCGCUCCCUCCGACCGUGAGCUGGACCCCCUGGACCGUGACGUCGAGCCCAGCUUCCCUGCCCGCGUCAACGUCACCAUCGAGAAGCCCGGCAACGGCGCCCUUCUGAUCCAGACCGUCGCCCAGGACGGUCUCUUCCAGAUCGAGGAGGUUUCGUACUUCCAGAAGCCCGACCUUGCCCACGCCCAGACUGCCGAGAAGGACUGGGCUAGACAGAGCCUCUACGCUGGUCCUCCUUUUGAGAACUUGGAUGAGGACUUGCAGACUUUCUUGGAGCGUUACCUUGAGGAGCGGGGUGUUAACGCUGAGCUCGCCAACAUGAUCCCUGACUACAUUCAGGUUAAGGAGCAGAAGGAAUAUGUUCGCUGGCUCGAGAACGUCCGGAACUUCGUUUCUGCUUAAGCGAGGCACGACUCGACACGCCUAAUACACCUCUCAACUCUCUAACCCCUCGAAUCUUCUAAUCGUUAUUAUGCCACAAAACUAUCCUCGCUUGAUCUGUUAUGUUUGUCGACAUGUGUACCAAU